UAAACAGUGUUGGUCAGGUACUCGUAGGAGUAUGGUGCACGUUAUCGUGCUUUCCGUCGUUUAUAACUGUUAUUGCGUUUUGUAGUGUUAAUAAUGUGCCGUUUCCUGUGAUAAAAAAUUUUACUAUCCACGAGUGCGAUUUUAUUUCGGUGAAAGGAAUUAUUUCAUCCGUAGAAUUACUUGCGUGAAAGCAAAUCUAUCGAAUAGCAAUUAAUAACCACUCGCAGAAAUGGCGCGGAUUACAGAUAGCUAGAGUGAGUGAUUAUGGAAGGCGUUUGAAAAACAGGCUACCAUCUCUUUAAUUAAAUCCACCCUCGCCAGCCAGACUAGAUGUCUGCCAUGCAUCUUCAAGGGACGUUUUACAUCCUGAACAAGCGAUGCAAAGUUACCUUGACGAACGAUGGAAUCAGCUGGGAACCAGAGGGUACACCUGACUUGUUCCAUCACGUAUCAGCGUCCGAGCUCCUGGGCUGUUGGCUCUGCCCCAAGGGUUCGGCCAAAUGUUGCCUCUACGCCCACCCCACAGCGACGGGCGGGCCUUUGUCCGUGGGCGUGGGUGUGGGAGGGUGUAAACAUUCCGUGGGGAAGGGCGCCGGUGCCGGACUGACGUUGGAAUACUGCGAGAGAGACAGAGGCCUGAAGUGGAAGGUGAGGGACGUGGUCCUCCAUCACGCGGCUCCGCAGGUCCUUUUAGCCUGGCACCACGCCCUCUGGACGCUGCUCAACGGGAUCCCCAACCGGCCGAAGAGGCUGCUGGUGAUAGUGAACCCUGUGGGAGGGAGACGGAAGGCCUAUCAGAUCUACAAUCAGAAGGUGGCUCCGCUCUUCCGCCAUGCUGCCAUUCAGACAAGGGUGAUCUCGACCGAGUAUCGGGGCCAUGGGCGGGAUAUCGUGGAAAACGGCAACAAUCUAGCUGGAAUGGAUGGGGUGGUCGUGGUGGGCGGCGACGGUUUGGUCAACGAGGUGGUCACGGGACUGCUGCUGAGAGCAGCCUACGAUUCCGAAAUUGAUCCCCACCAGCCAGAUGUAUCCUUACCUCAGACGCAAGUUAGAAUCGGAAUCAUUCCAGGUGGCAGCACCGAUGCAACUUGCCACGGGACGCAUGGCACCAGCGAUGUUGUAACUGCUGUCCUUCACAUCAUCAUGGGUGACUGUCGAAAUGUUGAUGUGGCUGCAGUCCAUGCCAGAGGAAGACUGCAGAGUGUAGCAACUACAAUGGUAUCCUACGGUUACUUUGGAGAUUUGCUGGAAACCUCUGAACGUUGGCGAAAACUGGGCCCUUCUCGGUACUUGGUGUCUGGCGUAUUGCAGUUCCUAAGGAACCGUUCCUACGAAGGUCAGCUCAGCGUGUUGGCUCCAGAAACGCCCCUUGCCCAACCUGGUGACUCGAAGUCGUGCUGCCACCAGUGCAGCAUCUGCACGAAAGCUUCCAAAAAUUCCCCUUCUUCUGGAGAGUGGAAACAGUUUACUGGUAGAUGGAGUGUUGUAACUUCAGCUGUGGUAUCUUGUGCAUGUCGCCUCACCCCUCAUGGCAUCUCACCUUCUGCCCAUUUGGGGGAUGGAUGUACUGAUCUUAUUUUGGUGUCUGGCGGGUCAAGAUUGCGUAUACUUAGUUAUUUAUAUAGGACCAGUUGCACUGGAAAUGCUCUUAGUUUGAACCACGUCAAAGUUCAUCGCGUAAAAGAAGUUCAUUUCACACCAAAAACGCCUGGACCAAAGUCAACUUGGAACUGUGAUGGAGAGCAACUUGAUGAGCCAGCUCUUAGAAUUAAGAUUCAUUGCCAGCGUGUACAGAUGUUUUGCAGAGGUAUUGAAACUUGGAAUGAUUUGCAAAAGCCAGUACCCAAGAAGUCCCCAUGAUCAACACAUGCCGAACCUCCAAGUACAUACAUUCUCUUUAGUCUAAAUUGCAACGAAUUGUUUUUGAGAGAGAGAGAGAGAGAGAGAGAGAGAGAGAGAGAGAGAGAGAGAGAGAGAGAGAGAGAGAGAGAGAGAGAGAGAGAGAUUUUAUUUUUUAUUGCCAUUUUCUUGACUACGCUAAAAGUGCUAUGAUUUUACGUGUAAUUAACUGUUUUUUUAAAUGUAAUCUAGUUACCUUCGUUUGAGGUUUUUAUACACAUGUACUCUUCUCUCUACCCAAGUCCAGUAAAGAUCAACAAAUGUAAAUGUAAGCAUCACAGGGGUUCAGCAAGUCUUACUACUCAAGAAAUGUUAAUGUAGCACAACAUGAUACAAUUAAAGAUGGGGUUGUCAAGUCAUUUUACAAUUGGAGUGCAGGCAAUGGGAGAGGAAGUUGAACUACAAAAAUGACUUUUAAUGAGUUUUUAUGGCUGUGUAUUCUAUUAAGUCAGAAGUAUAUAUAUCUUUAAAGUUGAAAAAGUUUUUUAUUAAUGAAUUUUUGUAAUAGUUAUGAAACAUAAUGAAGUCAUUCAGUCUAGUAUUUAUAAUUUUUCUGUUAUAAUCAUUGUUGUGUGUGGAAAGAGUACCAGAUAACAUACCAGUAAUUAUGAAUUUGAAUUUAUUGUUGACUGUAUCCUUUGUUAUAAGACUUAAAAAAGCUUUACUGAAUACAUUUUUAUCUAUUCAAAAUUGUAUAUACUAGCAAGACUAUCUACUGAAUAGUCUAUGAACAGAAAGAUGUGACAUGAGAGAGGGACCAAUAUAGAAUGUGACACCUGGAGAAUUCAUGAAAAAUAGAGGAGCUUCAGAAAUUUCAGGAAUGGCAGGAAUUUAAUAGAAGCAGCUUUGCAACAAGUUACUGAUGAGCUUACCAAGUCAUAAAAGUUUGAUAAAGAAAAAAAUAAGACCAGUAGAGUUGGGUAAAUAAAAAGAUCCUCCCAACAAACAAACUGUGCACUCCAAUGUGCAAAGACUGCUCGAGUUUGAUAUGAUGAACUGGCAUGUAGGAUAUGAUAGUAAUGGAGGUUGCAUGCAUGGAAUUUUGGGCUGGUGUGAUUAGUAUUUGAUAAAGGUGCUGGGAAAAAAGUUUGAAAAUCAAUUGUUAAAUUUAGUUGAACACCAAGGAAAUCAGAAACAGGUGCAAUUAUCAUCAUUGUAAUUACAUUGUAUGUUUUAAAACUGGUCAUGCUCUUAAAAAGAUUUUGAAAUUAUUGCCAUUAGUAUGUUAUUCUGAUGACAGGACUACUAUGAUACAUUUUUUAUUUAGUCCAUAUUAUGGUAUUUGACAUAUCUGAUUUUUUUUUUAAAGCAGAUGCCCAUAAUCUGUGAAUUUGUGUGAUAACUGAAGUGAGAGUUAAUUACGAGGAAAAAUACAAAUAGCAAACAAGCUUUUGAGGAUUACAAGCUUGGGUAUUUGAAAUAUUGUGUCACAGAAUAAAUCACUUGAAAAUUAGUGGUAAUAUCACCAGUAGCUCUCCCAAUAUCUUUGUAAUAGUCACCUAUUCAUAGUAUUUAACUGGAUGUUAAUAACACCACACCCCUAAUACUUAGCAUAACUUGACAUCGGUAAAACUAUGUAUAACAGCAUGGUAGCUGAGGUUGCAAUUGAGUAUAUGAAGCAGUCUAGACAAAACUUUCAGAACCAAAUAAUCUAACUUGCAAGACUGUAGAAAAUCAUCUCAUAACUUUUGAAAUGCACAUAGCCAUAACUUAGUGUAUAUGGCAUCACAAUACGUCGGUGUUUGACAAUUCUGUCCCAUUUUAUAUUUUUCAUAUUCUAAAUUUAAACAUUGCAGUACAGUAUAUGUAUGGGAAUACAUUAUUAAAAUUGACAAAAUUCAAUACAAGCUAGUAGAACACAACCUGAUUAACUUGCAGGGUCAAAUGAUAAUUGGGUAUGAUAUCUUAAACUUCAUGUCAUACUUGGUGACCAUUUUUUAAUAGUGGGCUGUGACUGAUUAUAAAAUAGAGAAAUUUUAUAUUUAUAAAAUGGUCUUCCUGUUAAAUGUGAUUCUAGAAUUAUUUUUUGAGCUUCACUGACAGUAUAACUUGGAGGAGAUUUGUGCUGAUGAAGUGAAGUAGCACUUUAUUUGUAUUUGAGCUCAUGCAAGUAUCAAUCUCAGAAGUGCAAUACCUGACAGAAACUAAAUGUACAAGCAUUUUACUGUAAUGCACUGAAAGUGCUGUUAGUAGAAUAAUGUGUAAUCUAUAUGUAGUGCCAAUGUUUCAAUGUUGUAUGGUGGUACACAGUCGGACUUCUUGAAAAUACGAGUGCUAAAUCCAUAUAGUAAUAUAGUAAGUGUUUUACGAAGUGAUAAAACUUCCGACAUUAAUUACAGUACUGAUUUUUGUCAAUAGAAAAACAAUUCCCAUUGUAUAUUAAGUUUUUAAAGGGUUUCUAAAAAUAUUUUAAGUCUAGUUUUUUUUCUUUGGUCUGGCUAAAUACUUAAACCUAGAUAAAGAGAGGGAUCUAUACAUACAGCCUUAUUUCUCUACAACGAAUAAGGAGUCUCAACACAUUUUAUCAUGGAACUCUACAAAACCUCAAUAUUUUAGAUGAUUUUUUUAAUAUCCCAUAUAAGAAGGCAUUCUUAAUGUUGAGAGUUCUGAUAUCCCAGAUAAGAAGGCAUUCUUAAUUUUCUAAUCCAGUUUAGGAUUUGCUCAUGGCCUGUCCACACUAGCAGGCAUGCCCGUUGGCCCACUUCCAGCUGUUUAUAUUUUCUCGCUUCUGAAGCAGUGCUACCAGAUAAUUGCAUCAUUCUGGCUAAAUAAUCAGUCAGUCAGUAUAGGGGAAUGGGUUUUGGGAAGUGUGUUUGCCCAUCGGGCAGUGCCUGCUAGUGUGGAGAAGUUCAGAGCCAAGCAGCAAACUAUUGACUGUGAUAUGAUACUAUUAUUAAUAAGUGUAGUUAUUACACGAUGGAAACUGGUAGUAGACGUUCUUGACAUUACAUAACUUGCUGCUAUUCAUUUAAAUUCCCUUCUUGUGAACUAAGGGCAACAAUAAAAUACUGUAGCUAUAUAAAUUUGAUAUAUUACAGUCUUUCUAAAUUAUGUAUUCUUUGAAAGGAAAUUGCAAUUGAUCUUAGGCAAUUCAUUAAAUACUAUGCAUCAAUGAUCUGUUAAUAUGAAUAUUUUGUGUGUAUUUGUAGAUACAAUAUAUAUUUGCACAUUCCAAUAGUUAUGUAUAUGUAAGUACAGUGCUAUAUAUGUAUAUUUGCAUACAAUAAAACUUGUCAGUAAACA